CGCAAGUCCUGCUGGACUGUCAGAGGGCGUGGAGCACAACGUUUGACGGCUGGGUGGCUGGUGGGGACUGCAGCAAGGCAAAUGGCCUCAAGUGCGAUUCUCAGGGGAUGAUUACAGCGAUGACUAUUACUGACCAGAACUUAAACGGCUCAAUCCCCAACUCCAUCAGCAACCUCCAAAGCCUUGCCACCUUGUGUUUUUGGAAGACUAACCUGACUGGCCCAAUACCAACAACCAUUGGCAACCUUCCAAAGCUCACCGACUUGCAACUGGUUUACAACAGCUUAACUGACGCCAUCCCUGCCUCCAUCAGCAAUCUCAAGAGCCUCGAAAACUUGUUAGUGCCACUCUUCCUUCUAUGUUUAUCUGUUAGCAAGGCGCCUCAAAGGUCGCUCCUCCUCGUGUAUCUACAUGUUAACGGAAGAGCAAGGAGUAUACUAUCCCUUCGGUCCCUCCGUGCUCCUUUUCUCACCCCCGUUGCUGUUGAUACUGUGUGGUCGGUGGGUGGGGGCGAGGUGUCAUUCAUACUCAAACCUGUGUGGCUGCUUGGGAACAAUCUGACGGGCCUUAUACCAGCAAUGCUAACCAACCUCUCACUUCUGACUAGCUUGAACCUCGGCUACAACGACUUGACAGGCACCAUUCCCGGCUUUCUUGGCAACCUCCCAAAACUUGCUCACAUAUAUCUGCAUGGGAACAACCUCAUUGGCACAAUACCGGCUUCACUUGGCAACCUUUCAGAUCUCGGAGACCUAACUCUGCAUGACAACAAGCUGACCGGCACGAUUCCUGAAUCGCUCUUCAAUCUCACAAAACUUAACUCGUUCCAUCUUCUAGCAAACAACCUGACUGGCUCAAUCUCCUCAAGCAUUGGCAACCUUAAAGCAUUGACGGCCCUGAGCCUUGGAUACAACAGCUUCACAGGGCCUAUUCCUGACUCUAUUGGGAAGCUCACAAAUCUAAAUGUUUUAUUGCUAUUGGGAAAUAAUAUAACAGGCUCGAUUCCUGCAACAAUAGGCAACCUUGUUUAUCUGAAUGACUUGUACCUUGGUUAUAACAGCCUGACUGGCAGCAUCCCAGAGUCUAUUGGCCACCUCUUGCAACUCACAACCUUGGAAGUUUUAGGGACCAAUCUGACCGGACACCUCCCUCCGACUUUGGGAAAGCUCUCCAAACUCGAGGAAAUAGUGCUAACUGGAACAACAGUCACAUGCCCGCCUGACAGCACCCCAUGUGUGGUUCGGCAGUCUCCUCGUAGUGCCUUUUGCAGCGCGUGCCCCUCCUUCUGCACUACUUGUGUCAAGCCAGCACCAUGUGAGUAA